CGAAAUUCCUUCCAUUUACUAUUGGUGAAUUGUUGGAUAAAAAUAAAACGAGUGAAUUUGUUAAUAAAGGAGAUAGUUAGACAGAAAACCUUAAAUUUUCUUGCAAAAAAUCAAUAAUUGGGAAACAGGAGUUGCGAUUGUUCCAAGGAAAAAAAUCAAUAUUUCUUUGAAAAAGGCCGCAUUUCCCCGUCGAACACCACACACACACACAAAUACAUUUAUACCAACUCAUACACCCUUACAAGUCUUCUUGGGAUAGGAGAAAAAUAUUAAACAGACAAAGACAUUUUUAUUCGCAAUAAACAACGCUGACAAAAAUUUUUAUUAGAUUUUCCAAAAAAAAAAAAAAAAAUCACAAAAUCAUAAGGAGAAACGGCAAAAUAGGAAGUAUCGCAAAAAACAAAAAAAUAUAGCAAACGCGGAAAUAAGCAACGGAAAAGAAAGAUUGCGUGUCUGGUUUUGAGCAGAAUUAUCAACUCAAACUAAAUCAACAAACAAACCCAAAACACAACAUUUACAAAAAUGGACCGCGGUUCUGGACGCUAUUCAUUUAAUCGCCGUGAAGGCGGAGGCGGUCAACGCCAUAAUAAUCAUUCAAAUUCAUCUCUCUCGUCGUCUUCAUCAUCAUCCCUUUCGUCUUCUUCAAACAAUCAUAAUUCAUACAACACGCAUCGUAAUACAACAAAUAAUUCGUCACAUUAUUCCAAUAAUACAUUACCAAAUAAUUCAACAACUUCUUCAUCGUCGUCGUCGAUGUAUACAACUACAACACAUAUAAGCAAUAAUAUAACAUCAACAGCCCGCGAACCGAUAACACAACAUGAUGAGCUUAUACGCUAUAUAAGAGAAGCCUGGACAAAAGUCAGUGAACAAAGUACUUCUGUUCGAUACAACGACUCUGAUAAUCAAUUAAAAAAUUUUAAGCCAUUCAAUUUGGAGGAGUAUUGGGGCCAGAGACUGGUUCAAAAUAUACAAAUUUCUUCGCAUGGUCAUCAAUAAGAAGCCCAUAGCGUAACAUACAUAUUAUUAUAUAUGAACCACAACAAUAAGAAUAUGUUUUAGACAACAUUAAUUAUUUAAUGGCAAAGAAAACAACAAAAAUGUUUGACAAAAAAAAAACACGAAUAUGUUUGUUGGCAUACAGAGAAUAGAGAAAGAAGUUACGACGAAAACCGAAAUCUUAACAAUAAUUACAUUUAAAUGACAACAAAAUGAAAAACAAAAACUAUUUCAAACAAAAAGGAAACUUUUUAUGAAGAAAAUUAUCUUCAGCAACAUUUCGUUUUACAAUACAAACAAAAAAAAAUAUUUAACUUUGCAUAGAAGAAGAAGAUAAAAUGAAGGAUAAAAAACAACAACAAAACACACCAUUUAAAUUAAAAAAAAAAAACAAAAUAUAUAAUAUAUAUAUGUAUAAUCUAAAAGAAAUUUAAGUUAUAUACAGGGUAUAACAACUUAUUUUGUGUGUUUGUUGCUUUGGUUUCAUAUCGAUCGAUGUCUUGAGGUUAUGGUUUUUCUUUUUUGUGUUAAUUUUUUUUUUUAAUUUUAAUAGAAUUUGUAGAAAAAAAAACAUCCAAGUACAUCUUUGAAUGAUGUAUGCUUUUAUUCAUACACGAAACAGUGUUUUUUGUAUUUUUAUAAAAUGAAUAUACAUAUAUAAAUGUAAUUAAUUAGCAUUUUAUUGGAUUUUAAGCAUUUCAUUUAUUUAUUUCUUUGUUUUUGCUCCAAAGGUUUAUCAUAUGUGUAAUACCUUAAACUGCCAUUGAAGUAAAUAAUGUAAUUAGGCUAUUAACGUAUACAGCUGCAUGCUGUAUGCUGUUGAUAAAGCAUUUUGUUUCUGCAAAUACCUUCUUGUUGUUUGAAAACCCUGUAUAUAAUUUAUAUAUCGAUGAUAUAUAAGCAAUAGUAUAUUAGUAUUUAAAAAAAAAUGAAAAAAAAACAAGAAUACAGAAUGGAAUAAUUCUUUAAACACCAAUAA